AUUUGACCCCUCUCUCUCUCUCUUUUUUUUUUUAUCACUUGUUUUCUGAAUUGUAUGGAUCAAUCACCAUCAUGACUGAUCAUCCUACAAUUUUCAAAGCAACCUAUUCAGGUGUCGCAGUAUAUGAACUCAUGUGUAAAAACAUUGCUGUGAUGCGUCGACGCGAUGAUGGUUAUGUGAACGCGACUCAAAUACUCAAAGUGGCCGAGUUUGGUAAGCCUCAACGUACUCGUAUUCUUGAAAGGGAAGUACAAACUGGUACUCAUGAAAAGAUUCAAGGUGGUUAUGGCAAAUACCAAGGUACCUGGAUUCCUAUUGAACGUGGAAAAGAAUUAGCAAGACGUUACGAUGUAUUUGAACUUCUUUCACCGCUUCUCAUGUUUCAAGAAGGUACACAAAGUCCUCCAUUGGCACCUAAGCAUGCAACUGCAACCACUUAUAAACCAAGGAUGCCUCGCGAACCCAAACUGACAAAGAAACAAAAACAACUUUUGGAAACAAACAAAGACAAGGAAUCAACAUGGCAUGCAGGCAUGUCAAAUGCCAGUCGAGCUCGCGCUUAUGCAGGAUACAAACAACCUCCUCCAUCUGGUCCAUCCAAUUAUCAUCAAAAUCGAAAUUCAACAAUGUCACCGGUAGAAGAAGACGAAGAGAUGUUGGAGGAUGAUGAUGAUGAUGACAAUGUCGAUAUGGAUGAAAUGGAAGAUGAAUUAUAUGAAUCAGAAGAACCAUAUGAUGUCCAACUUUUACGACACUUUAUAUCAGGCGAUCCUCGAGUACCAAGUUUAUUGAUUCAUCCACCUUCUGACCUGGACUUUAACAUUAUUAUCGACGACGAAGGUCAUACGAGUCUUCACUGGGCAGCAGCAAUGGGACAUUUGAAGAUUGUGAAAUUAUUAUUACACCACGGUGCGGAUGUGUCUCGGGUCAACUACAAGGGACAAACUGCUUUGAUACGAUCGGUUCUCUUCACCAACAAUUUUGAACGACGUUGUUUCCUUCACAUGCUGGACUUAUUGCGGAAAACCAUAUUCAAUAUUGACAAGAAAGAUCAAACGGUAUUCCACCAUAUCGCAUCUACAGCUGGAUGGAAGGGCAAGGUUCAUGCUUCAAGAUAUUAUAUGGAAUGUUUAAUGGAAAAGAUACGAUCUCGUCGUGAAGAUCUAGUGCAAAUCCUUAACGUACAAGAUGUUUAUGGUGAUACGGCCUUGACUAUCGCAUCUCGUAUUGGUAACAAGAAAUUGGUACGUCUUCUGGUCGAAGCUGGUGCGAAUCCCCAAUUAGCAAAUGAAGAAGGCAAAACCUCUCAAGAUUAUAUUAUGGAAUACUAUGGACGACAUGCUUCCAAUGCUUAUCAGCAACCAAUCACUGAUGAGAAUAUACGGAAAAGGGCAAGGAAAAGAGUGGAUGAUGUUUUAAAAACAAAUAUGGAUGACACCGAUGACUCCUACUUAUCAUCAUCAAACGACAAUACAAAGAAACAACGAUUAUCUCCAUCUUCUUCUCCGGUGAUACGAGAUGUUGCCAAAGUAGUUGACGAAUUCAUCAGUAGUUUUGAACGAGAUCAAGAACACAAGGAUCAAGUAUUACGGGAAGCUACGAUUGAAUUACAAAUGGUACGGAAACGGCUAGAUAUGACAAACAAAACCAUCCAUCAAUUGGCUUACGAUGAAAAUGCAAUGACGACGGUGGAAAAGGAAGCAAGUCUAUUACAAGAUCAAGUGCACAAGGUGCUUGAAUAUACGCAAAUGAUCCAAUUACAACGACUUGUGCAACAACGACUCUCAUCAUCAAGGUCAUCAUCCAUAGAAUCUUCUUCAUUUUUAUCCACAUCAGUAUCAUCAUCAUCUAUCAACAAUCGUACUUCAUCAGCAAGAACUUCGACAUUACAUUCCAUUUUACCAACCUCCAAAACAACCGACCAAUCCGAAAAUAGUAAUAAUAAUAAUAAUGAUGAUAAUCCACAGGCUUUGGAACAACAAUGGUCUACUCUUAUACAGCAAAGGACACAAUUGGUCAAGGAUAUUGUUCAAUUGCAAGCACAGAUGCCCAACAAGAAGUAUCAAGAUUACAAGCGAUUGAUAUCCAUGUGUUGUAAUGUCAAUUAUGAAAAUGUGGAUUUGAUGUUAUCUCCUCUUUUGGCCUCCUUUGAACAACAAAGUACCCAAACCCCCAUGUAGUAUAUUUUUUAUUUAAUGUAGAUGUAUAUAAUAAAGAGAUUUUAUUUUUCAU